AUGCUAGAUUUCAUCACGGUGUUCAAUCCAUCGUACAUCACCAAGGAAGAGGAUGCUGAAAAGCAGCUUUUGCUGUUCCACACGUUCCAAGAGGUUGAGGAGGGCCGAAAUUUGUCGCUCAAUGAAAAGAUCGCACAGUUGGGCGUGAUUCAAGCGUUGUGGCAGUUUUCAGGCACGUUUGCAGAAUCGCAAGACAUGAGCGAAAGCGUUAUAGAGCUCGAAGACCGAGUUUUGUGUACUAUUGUGGUCGAAAACGGUUUCUUUGUGACACUGGGUAUCGCAGCUGCGGAACUGGACAUACCUGCCAACUAUUUUGCGGCCAAUCUGCGACAUUGUUACGAUUUCUCGGUGCUGCAGUUCGGGCUGUGGAGCGGGUUUACGAGUCGGAAGCAGCUCACAGAUCGUCUAAACGAAUUUCUGGUUCCGUUUUGGACCGAAUUAAACCUCAUGCCGCACCAUCUAUGGUACAAGGGCUUUAUGAACUGCUGGCCCCACUGCUACAAAGUGGCAGACAUCGAAGACAACGCCAAAACGGACGCCUCCUCGUCUUCUUCUUCUUCGUGGGAAGCCGAUCUCAAGCAGCAGGUUCUGCUUGACGACUCCAGCUUUCUGGGCUUGCAAGACCUUCUUAUCUACCAUUUACCAAAAGCCACGUCUGGAAAGAGUUAUAAGCUUUACGGUCUAGUGCGGAGCUUCACACCGAAUUUUGAUUCCUUACCACAGUUCUCGAACUGGAUCGAACACCUUGAUAACGUCUACACGCGAUUAUCGAGUCAUGUACUGGCAGGCAACGUACAGUUCAAAGAGGCUGCCGAAGAGGAGCCUACCGUCCUGGCGAACAACAGCGAAGAUCUUUCAACGACUCAAUCGAUAAUGGAUCAAAGCAGGAAACUUUAUAAUAAUUUCACUUAUCCUCUGUCGUUUGCUCACGAUGCCGUGCAUGAGGUUGGCAAUAUGACUGGGAUUUCCAGUAGCAUGUCGUUACUUAGCGAUUUAAUGCCAAAGAUUCCAAGCUGGAAAAUCUGGCCCAACUCAGAUGACAAAAAAGCCAAAGCGGCGCGAAGCGAAUUUUUGAUCUCUCCACUUUCUGCAUCCUUUCUUCCCGAGAGCUACAAAGUCAAAAAAAUGCAUUUAUCCUAUGAUGGCGUUCUCCAGAGCUUCAAUUGCCUGUUUUGGUUUUACAACGAAGCACUUGUUGUCCUAGUCUACAAAGAAAACUUUGGUAAAAUAUGGGAUCAUGAAUACCUGCAUGAUACACACUUCAAACUAUCUCAGUGUAUCUCCAAACUAUACACGUCGCACCUCAACGCUACGCAUAACGGCGUACCAGACAGUUUUUGUUAUGCGAUUAUAUCGAAAAAUACUCGACGGUUGAGGUCGUCUUUUCCGUUGAAUACAGCUCAAGAAAACUCCACCAAAACUUCCACCUUAGAGCUUGUCGUCAGUGGAUUAGACGAAUUUCUCGCCAUAGGCACCAACAGAAAGACAUCCGUAGCCACGCUGCACCCUUUACAGGCAUCAGCAAACUCCGAGGAUGAAUCUGGAAAACAGCCCUGGGGGCUAAGUCUCAUGGGCGGAAUAUUCAAGAAAGGUCCAGCUGACGAUGCCUCUAAAAAGUAUGGCGAGACAUUUCUGGACGAUAUUCCCGAGGAGAAAUUGCGCUUCCUGCAUUUAGACAUCAACAAGUUUAUCAACACUUUGAACACUUCAAAAAGAGCGCCCGAUUUAAAAGAAGAAAAACUGAUAAAACUGAACAAUGGCGUUCUUUGCUUUCUCAGUGAAACCUCGAAAGAAAUCGUGGUCUUGGUGGAGAACUGGUUUGACAAAAAGCCCUCGAAAUCGAAGCGCUCGCCAAGAGAUGGAAACAAUUUGGUACAGUAUAUGGGGACCGAAGUGUUUAAAUGGUGGCAAAAAAAUAAGCGCACACAGACGUAG